AUGGGGAACCAACUGGCAGCAGCGACUGCUGUGAACGUUGCAGACGUCUCGUCGCUGCUCGAACUGGUGGCGCCCCUCGGUGGCGAGCACCGGAACUACUUCCGUACUUUCCACUGCAGAAAGGCGGUGGACACCGUCAAUGUGGGAGAGUCACUUCGUUCGCGCAGUUUCUUCUCUACCAACGAGAGCCGCACCAAGUCAUCAUCGGCACCUCAACGUUCGCAGCGUGCAGGAAGCAUGGACGUCGUGGUCAGGGUGUUCGUGCGCACCCUUGGCAACAGCGCGCAGCAACAGCUGGUGGACUUCUGCUACGAUCACCUGCUAAAGAUUAAUGCGCGUAUGACUCGCAUUGUUGUUUCCCCAGUAGUCGAAACGAAUAACAGUGCCACUAGUGCUACUACAAAUAAUCUCAGUGCGAGUGCUGGGGCUGUCCCGCCACCGUGCAAUGUGCUCUUCUACUCGAGUAUGGAGGUGCAGAAUGACCGCUUUUGUAAGCUUGAGCGACCCUACAUAGCCUACUCUCUGGCGGAGCGACUCGCUACGCGUCCGUAUUGGAAUAUGGGGGAGCGUCUUUUCGCUGGGUAUCAAAUCCUGCAGAGUCUGGUGCAACUGCACGACACAUGGGGGACUGUUCACGGUGACCUAAAGAUAGACAAUGUGUUGGUGGACACAUCAGGGUGGCUUUAUGUGACAGAUCUCUCUCCUUUUAAGCCUGCGCUGCUGCCAGCAAAUGACCCUGCGGUGUUCGCCUAUUACUAUGACACAAAUGAGACACGUAUUUGCUUUCUGGCGCCGGAGAAGUUUGUGGAUCAGUCACCUCCGUUCAGCACCUCAAAUGUCAAUGCGAGUGCCCACACACAGGCGAUGGAUAUUUUUUCAGCAGGGUGUGUGUUGGCGCACAUGUUCACAGAGGAGCCGCUCUUUUCUCUCUCCCACGUCCUCGUGCUGCGGUCCCAAGAGAGCCAGCGAGAACGCGAGGCGAUGGUUGAUGCGAUGCUGACGGAGCAUGCUGUCCCCCCAGGCAUGCGUCGCCUGUUGCUUGACAUGCUAUGUACCAGCCCGGCAGACCGCCCCAAUGCGCGGCAGCUGCUGGAGAGGUUCACACCAUCAGUGUUUCCACCGUACUUCGGCUUCCUCUAUCGCGACGUCCUCCCACCACUACUGGCGCGGCCACCUGAUCUACAGGUGCAGCUUCUUUGGUCCCGUCUGGAGGACAUCCUAGACGAGGCAGAGAGACGUUGUCAGCCUGCUGAUUUCGCCACCUCACCACAACAACUAGCCGCAUGUGGUGAGGCCAAACAGUUGAGUGUGUUGUUGUUGCUUCCCGUUAUCGUUAACACUAGUAGGCACCUUGUCACAGCGGAGGCCUUCUGUCGAUUCAUCUCCAUCCUCCAAAAAGUCUUACCCUACUGCCCGGUGGUAGUGCAGAGUGACACAAUUCUUCCCUACAUACUGCACUACGUGAAGAUGGACAAACACCCGGUUGUAGCGCGUGUCCUUGCGUUGCGCACCUUGUCGAUGAUAUGCCACUCCGUCAGCUUCUCCGCCAGUGAGGCCACCAUGUUUGACGACCUUGUCCUGCCGUGCGUGGAGGAAAUCGUGCAGAACGCAGACACCACAGAUGUCGCCCUCCUGGCGGAGGUGGCCGACCAACUUCCAGGACUUCUGUUGCUGGCCCGCGCAUUCCUGGAGCAUCGCCAAGCACUUGCUUCCGCCAACGCGUGGAAGUUUACAUUUGGGGAGCAGCUCAACGACCUUCUGGAGCGAGGAUGGGACGCGUUGCGUUCACUGUACAGACACGAGCACACAGCUGUUGUUGUUUCAGCUCUUAAGCGAACACCCGAUGUGGUGAAAUUCCUCGGAGAUGAGCGGGCGCAGGACGAUCUCAUUCCAUUUCUUACAACAGCCAUCGCCUCUGCCAUUGACGUACAGCGGGAGCUGUACCCCCAAGCUAUCAUGUGUCACGUGAACCUUCAGGCCCCGAGGCUCAAGACGCUACGCUUUUUCGUGGAUGAAGGCUUGCGACACACAGAUGUGAUGUGUCUAACACGAACGAUUGACAGCAUCACGGCCGUUGUUGAGAAAAAGUGUCUUGCUGUUUGGGACACCAUGCCGCUCGUACACCAGGCACUGCCACACAUCAUUAAUCCCAACAAUUGGGUCAGCGCUGCGACAUGCCGACUGGUGGAGACUGCAGCGCGCACCCACCGUGUGAGUGAUCUGUGGAUGUACCUCGAGUGUGCGCUCCGACCGCUGCUGUGCCAUCAAGUGCCGCUGUCUCGCCUCGCCUCGUUCCCAACGGCGGUGAAGCUGGAGCUGUCACACCACCCCACUGCCACGGAGCUGCUGACGGCAUCCAUGCACCCUCCAGGCCUCAGUCUCCUUGGAGGUGACGCGGGUGUACGUGACCACGUGCAGCGCAGCAGUGUGAGCGGUGAGCCACAGUACACGGUGCCUUAUAGCAUUAUGAAACGUACUCUGGAAGGUCUUGCCUCGCGUGCAGCUUUAGUGGAUGUCUCGUACGACGCACUGAUGCUGGAGCCUGUGGCGCCCGCGGUGGACAGGAUGGGGGGGUCGAGUGACGGUCAUGAUUGUAGCGCCUCUUGGCAGCUCUUCUUCAAACCAACACCGCGCGAAUGCAAACGGUUGCUUUUGCGGCAGAGCAGGCUAAUCGCGGAAGGCGACCCAACCGAUCGGGAUGUGACUGCUACUUCGGAUAAGUGUAUCUGCACCGAUAAUUUAUACACCACAGAGCGCCGCCACAGGCGUGGCGACAUAAGGCCGCCUUCCCAAACCCCAGCAAUGACGAGCGUCUUGUGGAAUGAAAAGGAACUGAAGCCAAUUGCCGCGCCAUGGUUUACACAAGCCGCACACCUUGGUGGGAUUUACUGCUCCACUGCGGCAAGAGGUGGAACGUUGGUGACGGCCGGUGGGCGCGGUGAGGCGACGCUGUGGUCGCUGGGUGCCGAGGGACUGGACUAUUCGCACCGCAUCCAGACCGGUGCCUCGCUGAUGAGUACAUUUCUGUUUACCAAUUUUUUGCGAGAUGGGUUAAGCUCGCUUCUCUGCAUGGGUGGCACCGAUGGGGAGUGGCGUGUGUACGAUGUUGCCUGCAAUACCAUUGUGGGGCAGCGCGCGGUUGACGGCAGCGCGUUGACGGCUGCAUGCUCGCUGAGCGACUCCAUCACGCUCGUGUCAAGUGCGCUGGGUGGCGUCUCUGCCAUUGACCACAGGGCGGGGAAGGACAUGUGGCACGCCACAGUUCCGCCAACACUCGGCUCCCCAAGUGGUGUGUCACCGCUCUUCCACAAGUCACGAGCGUACGGCGCGUCGGUCGUUACGCUCGCUGGAUGUGUGGCGUUGUUCGACUUGCGCUUUCAAAUGAUGGUACAAGAGUACCACCUCCACGAAGGAAAUCAACAAACGGUGCGUGUCACAGAUAAUCCCAGCGCCAUUCUGUGCGUCAGUCCGGACCUUGCAAGCCCUUCACUCAGCUUCAGCAGCCAGCCCGGGCUUCUGCUUGGGACGCAGGCGGGAGCCGUGCACAGGCUGGAUCUCUCAAGCGGUGAGUCACACAUUGCACUGCAUCCAGCAACAGACGGCCAAGCAACGAGGGCGCUGCUGGUGCAGCCGAAGCACUCUGUAGUGCUGACGGCGGGGAAUGACAUGUGGAUCAGGAAGUGGAGCAUGGCGGCGCCUGCGCAGUCCAGGACGCUGGCGUGCCCGCCAUACACGUCGCCACAGUACGUGGGGACCACAUGUGGCUCCAUCAGGGAGGUGGCGCUGCAGAAUCAACGGAUGGAGGAGCGGCCUUCGACUGGAAAUGAGCCGCACACUCUGGAGUCACCUUCCUUGCGCAGCGGUGUUGUGCCGCGGCACCACGAAGACGCCAUUCUCACUCUGUGUAGCGUUUCCAAUGGCAGCGAGACCUUUUUAGCGUCUGGGUCGCGUGACGGGACCCUGACGGUGUGGUUCAAUGCAGAGUAG